UGAAAUGGGUUAUUUUUAUUUUCUAAAAAAGAUUAAAACUUUAUUGAUUUUUUUUCAAGGGACAAAAAUGACCAUGACCACAGAAAACAGAGCUUCUUCUUCAAUUUAAUCCUCAAAAAAAAAAAAAAAAUCCUCUGCAACUAGAGAGAGAAAGUGUAGAGAGAGAAAGUGGGUAUGCUUUUGAAUGAGGUUUAAGACAGUGUUUAGGUCUACCAACUGGUAGUUAGCUCUUCCUUAAACCCCAAAUAUUGUAGAUUUUUAGAGAGAGAAAGUAGAGAGAGAAAAAAAACAGAGGAGGUUACCAACAACUAUUAGCAGCAACAGCAACAACAACUACUCUCAAUCCCUUCAAAGUUUACAUCUUUUUGGUGCUAAAUUUCUUACUCUCACACGUGCCAAUGGUGAGAAUAGGAUUGAUUGUGAGAGAUUAUUAAUUAAAGAUUAAAUUUUUACCAAUUCAUUUCCUUUUGUUUAUUAAUCAAGAAAUAGAAGGUGGUUGUUACUGGUCCAUGAACUUUGAUCAUAUGACAUAUGAGGAUUUCUGCUGAUGUUCUACUGUUGGAAUUGUGCUUGUGUAUUGCAACUUUUUGAGUAAAAGUGAUAGGAAUCCUUCCCAAAAAUGGCCACUUAUUACCCCAGUUCUAGUGCUCAGCUUGAUGUCCUGUCAGCGCCGUAUGUCCGGGACCAAAAGUUUGCAUCAUACUCUGAGUCACCUCUUCUCCAUGGGAACAUGAUGAUGUAUCUUACAUCUUCUUCACCCGGUUCGUUCUCUGAGAUUUCGCCUGGUUCUUCAAUGAAUCCACAAAAUGGUGUUGAGAUGCCUGCCAUGAAUGGGAGAAAUGAGAUGAUGUUUAUCCCACCUACCGGGGAUUCGAUGUGUAUGCAGCCCAUGAGCGGGACACUUAACUCAGGAGGAGGUGAAAACGUCGGUAAUUCUAUGCCAGGGGAACUUCAAUUGACAUCUAGGAGUCAGAUAAAUAUGGUAGAUGGUGAGCAGAAUUUGCAAGGACUAUCGCUUAGCCUUAGCACACAGAUGUCAACCGCGGUUUCAACAUCUCAGUUUCAGCAGUAUCAGUAUUCCAAUCCAGGACUCUCCUCUGUCCUAAGCCCUCACCUUCCCUUUUCGGCUGAGAAUAAUGUUAGGCCAAUGGCCUGUAAGGUUGAUGAGGCUUCCCCAAACAAGGAUAUGAGAAAUUCUGACUUUUUUCCUUAUGAAUUGCAAGGAGAUGGACAUAAUAAUAUUAGGUUUGGGGCUCUGAACAAUCCUCAAUAUUCAAUGAACGCGAAAGCAAUGAAUUGUAAUCAAUAUCAGUAUGAGCAGGCUGGAAUGGCUAACACACUUGUGAAGUCUAAGUACCUUAAGGCUGCACAACAGUUGCUGGAUGAAGUAGUUAAUGUCAGGGAAGCUCUUAAGCGAUCUGAUUCUGGUAAAGAACAAAACACAAGCAAGGUAGAUGAAAGUUCCAAGGAGUCUAAAGGCGGAUCACAAGCCGCCUCAGAAGCUAAUGAGUCUGGAUCCACGGUGGAGCUAUCUCCUGCUGAGAGACAAGAAUUGCAGAACAAGUUGGAUAAGCUUCAUUCCAUGUUGGAUGAGGUAGACAGAAGAUACAAACAAUAUUGUCAACAGAUGCAACUCCUGGUGUCAUCUUUUGAUGUGGUAGCCGGGGUUGGGGCAGCCAAGCCUUACACAGCACUGGCCCUUAAAACAAUUUCUCGCCAUUUCCGAUGCCUGCGUGAUGCCAUAACUAACCAAAUUCAAGCAACCCGAAAAAGCCUUGGAGAGCAAGACAAUGGUCUUGGAGUAAUUCCUCGUCUUCGCUAUGUGGAUCAACAACUCAGGCAACAGAGAGCCCUUCAACAAUUUGGUAUGAUGCGCCAUGCAUGGAGGCCUCAGAGGGGACUUCCUGAAAGUGCUGUGACAAUUCUUCGUGCUUGGCUUUUUGAGCACUUCCUCCAUCCAUAUCCAAAGGAUUCGGAGAAGAUUAUGCUGGCUAGACAGACAGGAUUGACUAGAAGUCAGGUUGCAAAUUGGUUUAUCAAUGCACGUGUACGUCUUUGGAAGCCAAUGGUUGAGGAAAUGUACAAAGAAGAAUUCGGAGAAGCAGAAUUAUUGAAUUCAAAAUCUUCACCAGAAAACACGCCGAAAUUAGCAAGGGAGAAGUCUUGGGGAUCUGAAGACAGAAGAGAGGAAAUGCAAGAAAGCUCAACAUCAAUAGUCCACGAUGCUCAUGAUUCGAAGAUCAAUGUCAACCAAGGUAUUGGUGCUAAUAAUGACAAUCACGGGUUUUACAGUAAUAAUGGGAUUCUUUCCUCUCCGGACCCUAAUGGUGGAGGGCAUGGGCAUCCACAUCUCAUGGCCAAUCCUGCUGCUUACCAAAUGUCCGAGUUAGGCAACUUUAAUGUAGACAACCAAGUAUCCCUAGCCUUAGGCUUGCGACAUCGUGAAGGCGAUGUCACAUUCCGGGGUAACACAAAUACAGAUGCUACUAUGGGAGUCUCCACCUCGGACUAUAAUCCAUACCUUGAGCAAGUAAACCAGCAACACAGGUUUGGUAACCCAUCACACAUCCUAAAUGAUUUUGUAGCCUAAAUAAAGAAAAAAAAAGUCCAAAAAAAAAAAACAAACCUUUCUAUGCAUACUUCUCUACAAUCUCUAUAUGAAUAAACUGGGGUUAGACCAUAUACUAAACCUUAGCAAUAGCAAUACUGCAUUUUAUUCUUCCUCUCCUGCUGUUCUUACAACGCCGACUGCGCAAUUGUGAAAUUCAAGCAGGCCUGCAGAGUGGGAAAAACAGCAAGGAGUUGUGUAAAUUUCAUUUGAAUAUAUUGUUGUAGAUUUCCCAGAUGUAAUAUGUAAUAUAGAUACUGGGUUGGAGAAAAUAGCAUAUAUUUGUACAAGAUAGGGAUUAUUCAUGUAAUUUUUGUGUGACAUUUUGGUCCAAACAAACAGAACAUUAAAAGUAUAAAAAAAAAAUAUAAAAAAAUUAGAGUAUAUAAAUAUA